AUGCUGCUAGAGACCCCCCUGGCGGAGGAGCAGCGGGAGCUGGCCAAAACAAUCCGCGUCAGCGGCUCCAUCCUGUUGUCAACCGUCUCCAACUUCCUCGACUUCUUCAAGCUCGAGGCUGGCAAGCGCCUCGACACCGUGCGGUCCGAGGUUCUGCUGUCAGACCUCGUCGGCGACGUCCACUGCAUCAUAGAGGCCAUGUGCGGCCGCGGCGGCGCCGUGGCGCUGCUCCCGCCGGACCUCUCAGCCGCGCCGGCCGCGCCCGUGCUCUGCGACGCCGACCGGCUGCGCGGCGUGCUGCUGAACCUGGCGACCAACGCGGCCAAGUUUACGCGCAGCGGCCACAUCUGCCUGCGCGUCGGGGAGGUGCCCGCGGACGGGUACCCGGUGCCGCCGCCGGGAUACGCCGGGAUCACCAUCCGGCCGUGCACGCCGCAUGGGCAGCAGCGCGGAAGGGCACGAUGA